AUGGUCGACUUCAACGCCUACUAUCUGCUGACUAUUGUUGUUAUCGCGUGCGGGUCUAUCCCCAAGGGCUACGAUGAGGGCGGCUUCAGCGCCUCCACGGGCCUGACCUCCUUCAAGGAGGACUUCGGCCUCGUGUCGAGUCUGUGGAAGGGCAACGAGUCUGGCCUCGCCGACCGCAAGGCCAACAUCUCGUCGUUUGGCGUCCUCGGCGCCGCCUUUGGCUCCAUCAUCGCCCUCGCCCUCAACGACAGGCUGGGCCGCCUGCGCUCAUGGCAGGUCUUCAUCGCCGUGUGGAUGUCGGGCGUCCUGAUGCAGGUCUUCUCCUCCGGCAUCCUCGGUCUCAUGCUCUUCGCCCGUAUCUGGGGCGGCCUCGGCGCCGGCGGUCUCACCGUCGUCGCGCCGCUCUACCUGUCUGAGAUCGCGCCGGCUAAGUCGCGCGGCAUGGUCGUUAGCAUCUACAUGGUCGUCCUACUAUCGUUCCUGACCAUUGGUGAGUUAAUAUUUCCCCGUCACCCUCGGGACUUGCCCGGGCCCUCGGCGAACAUCCGACUGACCGGUCCCGCGCCAGGUUUCUUCAUCAACUACGCCGCCAACGCGACGCUAGCGGCCACUAGGAUGCAGUACCGCCUCGUCAUCGCGAUCCCCCUCAUCCCCGUCGGCCUAGCCUUCGCCGCCUCCUUCUUCCUCGCCGACACCCCGCGCUGGCUCGCCUCCCGGGACCGCGGCGAAGAGGCCCUCGCCGUACUCGCCAAGCUCCGCCACUCGGACCGCGCCGACCCGGCCCUGUCCCUCGAGUUCGACGAGAUCCACGAGCAGCUCCGCUCCCGCCAGCAGAUCCUCGCCGACACCUCCACCCUCGCCAUCGUCAAGGAGAUCGCCACCGUCCCCACCUACCGCACCCGCUUCCUCCUCGGCGCCGUCAUGCAGACCGUCGCCCAGUGGUCCGGCGGCAACGGCAUCACCUACUACAUCCCCGAGAUCUUCCGCUACGCCGGCGUCGUCGGCGACAACACCUCCCUCAUCACCAGCGGCGCCUACGGCGCCGUCAAGCUCGUCUUCACCAUGGUCUUCACCUGGGGCCUCGUCGACGUCUUCGGCCGCCGCCGCUGCUUCAUCUCCGGCCUCGCCCUGCAGUGCGUCACCCACGUCUACAUGGCCGUCUACAUGGGCAUCUGGAUCGACGGCACCAACAAGCCCGCCUCCGACGCCGCCAUCGCCUCCGUGUUUGUGUACGCCGUCGGCUGGUCCAUCGGCCUGUGCACCGUGCAGUACCUCUACGGCACCGAGAUCUACCCCACCCGCAUCCGCAGCGUAUGCUACGCGACCAACAUGGCGCUGCACUGGUUCUUCCAGUUUGCCGUCGUGCGCACGACGCCCAACAUGUUCGUCAGCCUGGACGUGUGGGGCGCCUACGUCUUCUGGGCGUGCGUGUGCGCCGUCGGGCUCGUCGUGCUGGGGCUGUGGGCGCCCGAGACGAAGGGCAUCCCGAUGGAGCGCAUGGAGGAGCUGUUCAGCGGGCCGUGGUGGAUGGGCUGGCGGGCGAGCGUCGACUUGGACGGGAGCGAGACGAAGCCGUUUGGGAGGGGGAGUUCGUCCGGGAAGGACUCGUCUGGGAGGGAGUCGGAAAAAGGGCCGUUUGCGCAUGAGCGGAAGACGGAUGCCUGA